UCUUACGGCAUGGUUGGAUGUGGCGAAUAGGCAUUUAGCAGGUUGCCAGUGUGGUAUUGUAGCGGGAUUUUUGAUCGCCGCUUUGUAACCACCUCGAUUUCAGUGGGAGCGCCCUGGAGACGAAACCGAGAAGGCAUUAAUCCUGUUCAUUCCCAGAGCACAUGGACGCGCUCGACAAACCCGUUUGCGAUGACCUCUCUGAACAGGAUUCUGCCGUCCUGGAGCGUGUUGUCUGGAGGAAGCUUGAUAUCUGGGUUCUCCCUAUGUGCACCGCGCUUUAUUUGAUUUCUUUCUUCGACAGGAGUAACAUUGGGAAUGCGCGUGUUGCCGGUAUGCAAACAGCAUUGGAGAUUUCAAACUACCAAUACACCGUAGCUUUGACGCUUACCUAUGUCCCCUACAUUGCUAUGGAGUUACCUUCAAACCUGAUCUUGAAACGUGUGGGACCAAAUCUUAUGUUACCUACUAUGGUUACCUUGUGGGGCGUAGUUGCGGUAAUGCAGGGACUCGUUACUAGUUAUACUGGACUCCUUUUAUGUCGAUUCUUUCUGGGCUUGGCGGAAGGUGGCCUCUUUCCAGGACUUGUCCUCUACCUUUCUUCUUUCUACCCCAGAGAAAGAUUGCAGAUCAGGAUAACUGCUUUCUUUGCAUCAGCAUCAGUAACAGGCGCUUUCUCUGGUUUGCUAGCUGCUGCUAUAAUGCAGAUGGACGGAGUAGGUGGGAAACCAGGGUGGUCAUGGAUUUUCAUUCUUGAGGGAUUGUUCACCUUCGUAUUUGGUAUCUUCUCGUUUCUCGUUUUGCCUCGGUCCCCAGAGACUGCGCGCUUUUUAUCUUCAGAAGAAAGAUCGUAUAUUCUCUCGAAACUCAAGAGCAGCAGGGCUAUCUCCGAGGAUGAAGGGAAAGAUGGCUUCAGCUGGAUAGAAGUGCUGAGAGCGAUUCGUUCACCGCAAGUAUUAAUGCUCUGUCUUAUUGUAUUUUUUGGUGGAUCAAUGCUGUUUGGGCUUGCAUUCUUCGAGCCCACAAUCGUUGCUGGCUUGGGGUACACAGGCAAUCGGGCACAGCUUAUGAGCGUUCCCCCUUUCGUCGUUGCAUUUUUUGCCUCCGUGAUCUCCGCAUUCGUUUCUGAUCGGUACGGCUGCCGCGGCCUUACAGUGAUAUUUUUUGCAAUCUCAGGCAUAAUCGGGUUUUCCAUGUUCUAUGCGACCACUUCCCAACGUGUCCAAUAUGCUUCACUCUUCUUCUCUGUGACUGGUGCAUAUGCUAGUGCUCCAGCUGCCAUCACUUGGCUCGCCAAUAACAGCGCACCUCACAUCCGACGAGCAAGUAGCAUCGCCAUCGGCUUUGUUGCCAGUAAUUCAGGUGGCAUUCUCGCCACCUGGUUGCUUGGGUCGCUGUCACCCGCUCCAGAAUAUACUGCAGCCACGAUCACAUUCAUUGCCAUGUCCAUUGGCAUGGUCGUAGUUUCAUCUCUAAAUCUGUUUUAUCUCUCACGGGAGAACCGUGCGAAGGCAGAAACGAGGCUUUCCAUGGCGAAACAUGAUGAACCCGAGCAUUUGGGAGAUCGCAGCGCAUGGUUCGUGUACACCUUGUAGGUCAUGGUGUAAAGGACGCGCAUUCAAGUGGGCAAUCUUCUGUGAAAAAGUAUCUGCUCGGAACCACACUGCAAGUUAAAAUGCUCGCUGAAAGCCCAAUGUAAAGUUCCCUACCACGUCUACUUUCAGCCUAAUAGCAUACAACUAUCCGGCUUAUGCUGGUGACCUACCGUGUUGUUGUACGUUCAAUCGUAGGGUGAAUAUGGCUCGUUAGACCUUUGCGAGAUUUUACAAACCACCC